AUGGCGGAAAUGCACAAUUUCCGCAUUAGGCAGGAACUAAUCCUCGCCGCCCGGCGUGGUGAGUCGACCGCCGUCAACCAACUGCUGGAUCGACAUCGUGAAGCCUUGCGCCGCCUGGUCGAUCUGCGAAUGGACAACAUGGUGAAGCGGCGCGUCGACGCCAGCGACAUCGUGCAAGAUGUACUGGUCGAAGCCAACCGGCGACUGCCCGGCUACCUCGAAGGUCCCACCAUCCCGUUUCAUUUGUGGUUGCGUGGCUUGGCUCGCGAUCGAAUGAUCGACGCCCAUCGCCGCCAUCGCGUGGCCGGCCGUCGCAGUGUCGAUCGCGAAGUGCCUUUGGCCGCCGGUGGAAUAUCAGGGCAGUCGGUGCUCGACCUGGCCCAACAACUCAACGACCCUCGCUACACGCCAGCCACUGCCGCAUUGCAGCACGAACUGACCGAGCAGUUCCAGAAGACACUGGAAGAGCUGGCCGAGACCGAUCGCGAAGUGGUCUUCAUGCGGCACUUCGAACAGCUUUCGAAUCAGGAGAUCGCCCAGGCUUUAAACCUGACGGAAGCCGCCGCCAGCAUGCGAUACCUUCGCGCGGUGAAGCGGCUCAAAGCCAUCGACGAAGCGCAAGAAGCCCGCCUCGCGGCCGUGGUCGCCGACCUGGCCGAUCGACUAUGCCGGGGUGAAGAAGCCGACGUUGAAGCUGCGGCCGCCGAACAUCCCGAGCUGGCCGACGAACUCCGUGAGCUAUGGCCUGCCAUUCGGCAAACCGACUCCAUCGCCCGGGCGUGUACUUCGUCGGUGAACGCCUCCACCGCGAGCGAGGCCGUUUCGUCUCAGCAAUUGAAGUCCGAGUGGCUCGCGGCCCAGCGAUUGCCCCGGCAAUUUGGCGACUAUGAAUUACUCGAAGAACUCGGUCGCGGCGGAAUGGGGGUGGUUUACAAAGCUCGCCAGACGAGCCUCAAUCGGCUGGUGGCCGUGAAGAUGUUAUUGGGAGCCGAGAGCGCCUCGGAUACCGAACGGGCAAGGUUCCGCACCGAAGCCGAAGCUGCCGCGAGUCUCGAGCAUCAGCACAUCGUCCGCGUGUAUGAAGUGGGUGAGAUCGACGAGCAGCUCUACUUUUCCAUGCAAUGGAUCGAAGGUCGCACGCUGGCCGAUCGCUUGGACGAAGGCCCUUUGUCACCAAAAGAAGCCGCCCAACUACUGGCCCCCGUAUGUCGGGCGAUCGACUUCGCCCACCGCAAUGGCGUUUUGCACCGCGACGUGAAACCCUCGAACAUCCUCAUCGAUCAACAACAACGCCCCCUGGUCAGCGACUUCGGCUUGGCGAAACAACUCAAAACCCGUUCCGGCCUCACGCGAACCGGCGCUAUCGUCGGAACCCCCAACUACAUCCCGCCGGAACAAGCCGCCGGAAACCGGGGUGAACUGGGCCCCUACAGCGAUGUCUACAGCUUGGGGAUGAUCCUGUACGAAAUGAUGACCGGCCGCCCGGCUUUCCAAGCUGCCUCGCCACUCGACACGGUGCUGCUGGUUCUCGAACAAGACCCCUUGCCCCCGCGGUUGUUAAACGCCAAGGUGGAUCGCGACCUGGAACUGGUGGCCCUGAAAUGCCUGCAGAAGCCGGUCUCGCUGCGAUACUCAAGCGCUGCCGCAUUGGCCGACGAUCUGGAGUCGUUCCUUUCUGGCGAACCGGUCGCCGCCCGCACCGGGGGCUUUGGGCAGAUCCUGGCCCGUUGGUUUCGCGAAACCCACCAUGCCGGCGUGCUCGAGAACUGGGGCCUGCUUUGGAUGUGGCAUAGCCUCGUGCUGCUGGUGCUGUGCCUCACGACAAAUAUGCUGCAUUGGCUCGGCAUCGCGCAGCCCUGGCCGUACGUCAUUCUGUGGGCGGCAGGGUUGGCGAUUUGGGCCCCCAUCUUCUGGAUGUUCCGCCGCCGCGCAGGGCCGGUGACGUUUGUCGAACGUCAAAUUGCGCACGUUUGGGCGGCAAGCAUGGUGGCCAGCGUCCUGCUGUUCGUCAUCGAGAUGAUGCUGGAACUGCCCGUGCUUACGCUGUCGCCCGUGUUGGGGCUGAUCGCCGGGAUGGUCUUCUUCAUCAAGGCUGGUACGCUCAGCGGCGCGUUUUACUUUCAGUCCGCCGUGUUGUUUCUCACAGCGGUGCUGAUGGCCGCCCUGCCCGACCACCGCAUCAGCACCGUGCUCCCCGGGGUGAUCAACCUGCCUCACGAAGGGAUCGAACUGCCCGACAUCGGGCUGACGAUCUUUGGCUUCGUCGUCGCGGCUUGCUUCUUCUUCCCGGGGCUAAAGUACUAUCGUCAACGACUUGCCGCCCACACCAACGGCGGGCAAGACAUCGUGAGGAGCGAUCUCAACUCUGCGUCGAAAGUUGAUUUGGGGGCCUACGUCCUUCAGCACUACGUCGAGCGAGAUGUUCUCUGCGUUGCCUGGAGUGGUCGCAAUUCUGGGGAACUCCACGGAGUACCGCUGCAGCCCGUUGACUUGGCCCGUACGGAUGAGAUUGAGAAGCACCUCAAUGCCGCCGCGCCCGAUUUGAUCAUCCACUGUGCGGCCAUGUCGGCCGUGGGCGAAGCAUUUCAAAACUCCGAGCGAGCCGAGCUGAUUAAUGCCACGGCAACCGAGAGAAUCGCCGCCUGGAGCACCGAGCGAGAGUGUCGACUCGUCUAUAUCUCGACCGACAUGGUCUUCGAUGGUGAAAAGGGUAACUACGGCGAGGACGACGAGGCGAAUCCGCUCUCCCGCUACGGCCGCAGCAAGCUCGAAGGCGAGCCACCUGUUUUGCGUUCACCCCAAGGUCUGGUGAUUCGCGUCAGUUUGCUCUACGGAACUUCACUCAUAGGGCGCCCAACGUUCAUGGAACAACUGCUAGCGGCCAUGCGCGAGGGUAAAAUAUUUCGAUUGUUCGACGACGAAUGGCGGACCCCGCUCGAUCUGUCUACCGCCGCCCGAGGCAUCGCUGCAGCCGCCGAGAGCGAAACCGCAGGGCUCUUGCACCUGGGCGGAGCAACACGGCUCUCACGCUACGAGAUGGGCCUGCAGAUCGCCCAAGCGGCAGGCCUCCCGACCGAAUCGAUCGAAGUCGUUUCCCGGUGGCCCGGCCAAACUUCACUGAAUCGCUGCAGUGAUAGCUCCCUGGCCAUGGAGCGGAAGACGGCCGCAGCUACACAGUAG